CGGGUCGUGAUCCUUCGUGACUGUGUGAGUGUGAGUGAGUGUGUGCACCUUGCCUCGCAGGAUUCCAGUGGCGCUGGUGGUGGUGCUUUGUUGCGGAGCCAUUACCAUUACUACCCCCCACUCUCCCCUCGCCGCUGCCAUGUGAGGCGUAGUCUCCUGCUGGGGCGACGUUCCAGGCCAUCCCCUCCUCUUUCGCAGUAGUGCGACACUCUUGCAGUGAGUGAGUGAGUGAGUGAGGGAGGGAGAUCACCACCCACACCCCCUGCCAGGUUGGGCGUCUUAAGCUCCUUGGGGUGUGUGUGUGUGUGUGUCUAUGUGGGCGCGAGUGUUGCUUCUCUUGUAGAAGCUUAGUAGCGUUGUCUUGUAGCGGUUCCGUAUCGAAUUUGUCUUCGCCCUGGCGCGCAAGUAGCAGGAUACUCCUUGGUUAUUUAUUUAUUUUUAUUUAUUUUUUGAUUUUUGACAUAGUUCGCAAGAGUUUCGAGGGCGAUACGAUAUAAGUGCCUUUGGGUGGCAUGGCUGUGCUGUACUUAGACGGGGGUAGAUGUGCCUGGUUAGGUGGUGAGGAUCGCACCGCGUUCAGGUGUUGUGUCUCUGACCCAGAGCUGAGUCUAUAAUGCUGAAGAUGUUGGGUUUUGGCGGAUCGAAGGGUGGUUGGGCGAGUUUCGGAGUUGUAGUAGGGUGUAUCAGUGAUGUGGGUGCCUGUUCGACCUCUCAAGUCAUUUGCUGAAGGAGCCCAUGCGUGUAGGUGAUGUGUGAGAGACAAGCGUAAGAGCGGUCACUUAUUGAUCGCGUCCCGCGUGGGGUCAGCUGGGAUAUGGACUGUGGAAGCUGUUCUCGAGUGGUUUUCUGAGGGUAGGGUGGCAUGGUCUAGGUGGUGAUGGUGGUUUUUAUCUAUUAAUCUUUCAAGUGUCAGUUUUUCUCGGGUGGGCGGUAGGGUGAGUCAGUGAGUGAGUGGGCAUGGAGGUCGCAUUCUCUUUUCUCCAUGGAGAUGCUAGCAUGGCUUGUGGCGUGUGGAUAUCGAAUGAAAGGAGCGCUUGCGUGACGUAAUGAUUAGUACAUGUGAGAGUGGGUGAAGAGUGAGUCGGUGCACACAACAGGAUAUAGGGUUUUCAACCUGCCAGGUGUGUUCCGUGAGUUGGCUUAGCAUGGAGCUUACGCAUGUAAUGGUGGCAGGUAUGUACAAGAACCAGCUUCAAGAGCUUGCUCAGAGGAGCUGCAUUAAUCUGCCUGCUUAUGCUUGCAUCAGAGAGGGUCCCGACCAUGCACCGCGGUUCAAGGCGACGGUGAGCUUCAAUGGGGAGAUUUUCGAGAGCCCUAAUUACUGCAAUACGCUGCGGCAGGCAGAGCAUGCCGCGGCUGAAGUGGCUCUCAACACCCUGUCGAGGCGAGGCCCGUCGCAGUCGUUGGCAGCACGCAUCCUCGAUGAGACGGGUGUGUGCAAGAACUUGCUACAGGAAACCGCUCAAAGAGCUGGCGUCUCUCUUCCUGUGUACAGCACCACUCGAUCCGGUCCAGGACAUCUACCCGUGUUUACAUGUACAGUGGAGUUAGCGAAAAUGACUUUCAGCGGGGAAGCUGCAAAGACAAAGAAGCAAGCGGAGAAGAAUGCGGCAAUGGCUGCAUGGUCUGCUCUCAAGCAAUUUGCGAACCAAGGGAGAAGUGUGUCACUGGCGACAGAUGCAGAAGUCAGUGAGGAGCAGGAGCAGAAUACGAUCGCUAAAGCUUUGGCUCAGCAUUUUGGCAAAGAGGCGCAGCAAUUGCCUCAGAGUGUUCAGAAUCCGUCCUGCAGCGUGAUGCCUAUUAGGUUGAGAUCUUUGUCGUUGAGGGACAAUUUGCAGCCUGGGUCACCUCGCCUGAACCAAAGUCACUCAGGAACCUGGACACCCGAUCUAUCAACGGAGCAGCAGCAGCAGCGGCACAUGCGCAAUCACGGCCAUCCAAGCGUGGGCUCUGUUCCACCUCCUGCUUACCGCACUGUUGGUCCAUCGCGGGUAGGUUCGUCGGUCACGAUCCGGGAUGUUUCGGCCAUGCGAGAUGCUAUGAUGGCGAAGAAAAUGGUUGAAAGAGCAAUGGGGGCCAAUUUUGUUGGGCGACACAGCCUCGUGAAUCUUCAGUCGGUGCCUUCGAUGCGUAGGGAUAGGCACGAGGUGGCUGUGCCAUAUGACGUUCAUCAGCGGGAUGAGGAUGAAUGGCUAAGAGGGGACACUUCGAAGGCCAGUAGAGAUGUCGAUAACCGGAGCGAUUCUCUGGAGAAGGAGCAUGGAGCGUCUGCGGUUCACGGGUCGUACAAUCCCAUGUCUUGGUCAGGAACUGGUGGACCCAACUGGUGGAAUACCAUGCACCGACCCGCAAUGUCAAGUGCGUCUAGGAAGACAGCUAUGCCAGUAGUGUUACGCCCAGCAGUAAUGGUGUGUGCGGCACCGCCGCGUCGUCCAGAACCUGAUGGUGCAGAGAAUGAGGAUGAAGCGGCAUCACGCCAGCUAGGUUAUUCUGGUGGUGACGAGGGAGAGAAUAUUGAUGUGACGCGUUAUGUCUGGAUGGUUGAGAUUGGGCUCGACAUGUUGGGCGAAAAUGUCGAAGCUUUUAAAUGCAGUAGAACAUUUACAGGCCCUGCUUGGGGUGAGUGCCCGGGUUUAGCAGGCGGAGCGGAAUCAAGAGGCUCAGGGUAACGUUGUGGGAUCAUGACUCGCUCUCCAUGUUUAGCCCAACCGUGGCACAUCAGCCAGAGCUCAGAGGGGUACACCUUUCAAAAAACCGAUCGCUAGAACGCGCCACGAACAGCGAGUGGAUGAAACGAGACCGCCAUCUACCACACACACCCUUCAAUAAUUGCUUCAUAGUUCCGAUCUGACAUAUCAGGUGGGUUAAGUGCCAGGAGAUUAAUGCUGGCAGUUGUGCCAUCCACAUCACUCGUACCAGAGACGUCCCGCUUGUGAUAUAUAAUUGCUCGCUCGCUUCUUGAGCCUGCGACUGCGUUGUGGGCCGUCAACGUUCCCAUUCCCACCCCUUUAUGUGGCUUUAUGGUGAUAGAUCUUCACUCCGACUCGUGCUGUACAUCUGCACACGGAUCAGAGUUUGUGAUGGAAACCUUAGUGCAGCUUGCAAUGUACCAGAGUGCUACUGUAUUGCAAGCUGUUAGUCCAUACGAACCCAAGAGCUUGUUAUACACUCCCACAUUCGGAGCUGAACAAGCAGAUUCAGUAGCAGUUUCAGAGGCACCAUGUGUUUCUCAAUCUGCUGCUUGGCUUCCUGUUGAGGCAAUGCUGUGGGUUUUAGGGCCAUUUUUUUUAAUGCUCGUUCCAUGUGUGUGUACAGCACUCAGUUGAUAUUGAGGGUGUGUGCUCUGGUUUCUCUCCUGCUUUUGGUAAUACUCUUGCUUUUGAGACAGUUCCUCUGAAACUCAUAUUUGUCUUAUUAGUUUUGAGUAUAUCUUUCUUAAAUUUCAUGCGCA